GAAUUUUGAUGAGCCCGGGCGCGAGGCUAGACUGUUGCCGCUCAGCCUCAGUUCAUCCUUGUGUGUGUACAGUUUGUGACGGACCACCAUGAGGCCACUCACCCAAUAAUAUGUGAAUUACACAGUGUUACCUUGUAAGGAUUUACCUCCCCGGGGAUCUUUUUUAAUGCAGCUUGUGCAAGAAAACCCUGCAACAAUGGCGGAAGAAAGCAAUACAGCUUGGUUUGAGGCCAGUCUUCUCUGGUGACUACAUGAUCAACCAGGCUAUUGCUUCUUGCAGGCUACAUGUCCACCACAACUCUACUGAUCUGUAGUGAAGACUAAAUAAAGAUGAUCUCCGCGGAUAAAGCAGGAGCGGCUGGAUGAACGGGAGAUCAACCAACUGGCUAUGGAAAUGGCAGAAAAGAACAAGCAGAAGAUGAUCUCCCAGGCAGCACAGAUUGCUCAGCAAACACAAGCUUCACAACAGGCCCUGCAGCGAGCUGGUGGACAACAAAUGAUCACAUUUUAUUUCAAUCGUGAGAAAAAUAAGGAGCUGGGAAGUGAAGACUCUAUUAUUCCCAAGAAGUUGGAUGAAAAGAAGAAAGGGACCAUUGAUGAGGAGAGUGUGCGAGGACGUUUUGGUUGGUCCACCAUUCAUAAUGCUCAUAUUCCGUAUGUAUUCAGACGGGAGGACAAGUAUUGUGCUGUAAGAAUGGUGGAAACAAAGUUGCUUAACAAAUACCUGAGCUACCUCCCACACGAGAUAACCACGUGCAUUCAUGUGAGAAGUUACUUUAUUACGGAAGCAGAGGCAAAAUUACUAAACGAGAUAAAUAUGAAACAUUGCGAGUUUCAAUUUGGGCGAGACCUUUUCACAACCAAAGAUUUAGUAGUGAGAUUACAGGAUGCACGGUGCUUUUACAAGUUCCUAGAUACAUGCUUUAAGAAAUUGGUGCAAAAAUCUCCUGAACAAAGUGAAUAUUGUGGUUUCGUAAGAAUAAAUGGUGAGAGUGUUGUGCCGUAUACAGUGAAAAAUAGUGAAAAGUAUGUACCUUUAUUUUAUUUUGAGGGUGAAACAGACACACUUAAGCUAAAAGCAGAAAAAGUUGAUAAUUGGGAACUUGCGUACCUCAAAUUUUGUUGUAAAGUUCAAGGAAUAAGAAACGAAUUAUUUGCCAGUGAUACUUGUGCAGUGGUUAGUUUAGAGGAUGUGCAACAGUAUUUCCCAAAGGAUACUCAAUUUGAGGAUUGGUGGCCUCAGAAAACGGCAGAACCAAUGAAAGUUGCGAGCCACGGCACAAAACCAGGUGGCAUCUGGACACAAAGACCUCCUGGGGGAUCACCUAGUGGGGUAACACAGACCUCAUUGGCAUCAUCAUCUACUACUCUUACACCAAUUGCCAGUAAGCCUCCAUCAGUAACUGCCACUACUGCCUCUAGCCACACAUCAUCAGCAUCAUCAGUGGCUGUGUCAGUAGCAGGCACCUCUGGCUCUCUGGCAUCAUUGACCAACUCCCUCAAUAGCAUUAACUCUCUCAACUCCUUGUACUCUCAGUGGGCUACUUUGGUCAAUGGUCAAGCAGCCGCUGCUGCUGCAUCUGCUGCUGCUGCAUCUGCAUACUCUAGUAGUCCAAAUAUGCAGGCACUACUUUCUGGUCUUACUAGUGAACAGAUGAGAAGGUUACAGCCACAAGUCUCAUUACCUGCAUCAACACCCUUAAUUCCAACCAUAACAGCAUCUCAAAGUACAGUACGGCCACCUCCUUUAGUUCGGUCAUCAGCAUCAAUCAGUGCAGUGUCCACUCCUACCUCCUCAAGUGCUCACCUGUCAAGUAGCAGCUUGGAUGCCACGCUACGUCAGUUGGGUUAUUCCGCAGCACAGAUUAACCAGUCAACAUUAAGCUCGUUAGUUAAUGUUGGUACCCCUACCAUGCAUUCAUAUAAUACCAGACAGUCCAGCAAUUCACAUCACAAUUCCACAGCAAACAGCAGCUCAAAAUCUUUGUCUAAAGCACCACCACCUCUCAUUCCUGUGGCCAAUGGUUUGCGACCUGAUAAUCUAUCUAGUCAUAAAGGAGUAGGUAGAAAUGGACUUGACAAGCAAAGACUUGUCGAUACACCUGCAUUCAGGCCGGACCCUACAAGACUAGAACCUCCAUAUAAAGUUAGAAAGAUGGUUAUGGAUGGCAAGGGUGUGUUAUGUAUUAAUCGUACUGCAUAUACUCAUCAGUCUACAUCUGAUUUUAAUAUGGUGGCAAUCCAAGAUGUAAUAAAGGACUUUUUUCCUGCAGCGACCUUAACAGAAUGCAUCGAGGUGUUCCAGAAUGUCCUUACAGUUACUGUAUACAAAGCCAACUGGCACCAAGUUAACACUUUGAUGAAUGCUUGGGGAAGUGCCGUUGCUCCUGACAUAGUACCUCUGAUCUUUGUGUCGGACCUUAACACAUAUCUCUCGCAGAUAAAGUACAUUUUUCAGCGACACAACUCUCUUAGCCAAUCCCAAGCAAAACGUAUACGGACAACUUGAUGGUUAGAAGGGUUGUAGUGAAACUUUACGGAUAAACCUCAUUAAUAAACGUGAAUACAAACCAAAUACAAGGUUUACAUUUACUGUGUAAAAUUCCUGAGGCACUAUUGGUAAAUAAAUUAUUCUAGAAAUUGAGUUUUAUUUAUAAGGAAUUGGCAUGAUGAGGCAUUCCAUAAUAAACAGUGGGUAUUUAUGAACAUAUUAUUAAUGAGGUUUUAGUAGUUUUUACUGGGAUUAGCAAAACAAGUUUGUGGGCAGCCAUUGAACAAAGACAGCUGCUGCACUUCUGGAAUUCAAUAUUGAAAUGUUGACUAUCCAAAACAAAGAAAAUGGGAUGGGUGAACUGAAUGGCAUUCUUUGUCCCAUUUGUUGGGUAUUGUGAUAAUUAUAUUAAAAGUGCGGUGUAAGUGACGCUACAGAGAACUGGAUGAUAAACGUGAAACACCGUAAGACCCAAGCUAUAAGAUGCCGAGAUCAGACCUCUGGUAAGUGACGUUUCAUUUGUUGACUUUGAAAAUACGUAGCACCUAUUAUAUUUUGUAUUAUUGACUUCAUUAAGUUAUUAUAAAGCAGUGAACAUUUCAAAGAGCAAAUGUUAAUUUGUAUAGUUUGGAGUGAUGACCACUUGUGGUGAUAAUGGUACACAAUGGUGUAGUUGACUUAGAAGGGAAGCCAUACAAGAUUUUAAAAUGCAACCAUGUUAGUGGUCUGAAGAAUCUCGCUAUAAAUUUACAUCAGGCGUCUUCAGUAUGGACAGUUUUUCAUGUACCUUGCUUUUAGUAAAAGUAAUUUAAGAGUAAUCUUGAAGACAUGUCACUUUAACUUCUCAUCUGUGAUUCUUAUCAAACUCAUCGUCCCUAGUGAAUUGUUCCGAGUGAAACCAAUUGUUCUUUAAAUUCAAUCGGAAAUUGCAGUCAAGAUCUGUCGUUGCACAUUGUUAUUGGCGUGAUAGUUGGUAGACUUAACUACUAACUGGUAAUGAAAGCUGCUAGCUUCUCGACUAGACCUGCCUUCCAAAAACAUUUUUAUAAGAAAAUUUUGUUUAUGGGAGACCAUGUAGGGAUUUUUGUUGAUUUAUUGUAAACCUGCCUCAGAAUAAGAUGAAAAUGACAUUUUAUAAUGAAGGCAAGUGAGUUUUUCCAAAAUUGUCAUUCAUUUCACAUUUCAUUAAGUUACUUUUGCUUUUAACAUGAGGGAGCCAUGACCAUGUUAUAUGCACACAUUUUUCCUUAUAAAAGUUUCGUAAUAUUUGUGGCUUUAUUUAAUCUGGUCAUAAAAAUGUUUCCUCUUGGCAGUAGGAACUCCUUUAUCUCUCUUACAUUAUUUACUGUUUGAUGAAGCUUUGGCCGUCAUUCUUAGUAUUUAUUGGGUAAUUCUACUUUCAUGCUAUGUUGUCAUAAAUUGAAACUUGCUUUGUCAAAAGAAAUUAUUCAGGAAUAAAAAUUGUUUCAGCAAGUAAACAUUAAACAUUUAAUAAAAAAAACUAUGGGUAAGUAGUUCUGGUAAAAUAAAUUAAAAAAAAGAAAAGAUUUAAUUUCGAUGAAAUAUCUGAGCAUGUAGGGAAUGUGGGUGCGGCUAUAGGACCCACACUUGCUUCUGGCUUACUAUCUGUAGCAGCAGCUUAUGGAAGCUUGUACUCUUGUGGAAGUAUAUUGACUUAAUAUUUUAUGGGAAAACUAACCUGUAAAUUAAAUGUGAAAAUGACCGUUUUUACUUUUGGUUGAUGUUCUUGGUAGUAGCACACAAUCCACAGUUCACUUCAUUUGUGUGGUAAUAACUGUUCCCUCUUUAUCAUUGCUCAUGCUGAUAUAUCUGUUGAAUUUUCCUGCUUUACUCCUUAAGUGCUUGUGUUUACUUGCUGAUACAGUCAUCUACUACUACUACUUAUUUAAUAUAAACGUUGUGAUUGCUCCAGUGAUAGGUCAGACAUGCUGAAUGUUUUGAUGUUGGGACUAAGUUAUGCUGAAAAUGAUUCAAUUUAUGCCACCCAUCAGUGAAUGUGGAAAUUAACAUUUGAUAAAGGGUCAUUUGACCUUAUAAAUUUUGAAAUUGUUAAUAUUAUGAACUCAUACCAUAGAUACUGUAAAUACUACAAAUAUACAAGACAAAUUGUUUGAUAGGCAUCAGGUCUUAUAUUUGAAAUGGGAAGUCUGCAAGCACCCUUAUCUAUUCCACUUAUAAACCUGUGCAUAUUUAAGGCUUGUUACAGUAUUAUUAUGAAAGAGGAGACAAAAAUGUUACAAAAGCUGGUUUAUUAGACAAGAUCUAAGGAAUGUUGAUUAACACAUGCACAGCUGGAUGGACUUUGUAGAAUCUUAAAAAUACAUGGUGACUUCACUUCAUAUUUUGUUCUACAUCUUUUUCACCAAUCAUAAGUAUUACGUUGUCUUGUGUAUUCGUGCUACUGCUGUCUUUGCGAAUGUGGCCUUUUACCAGUUCUAGUCUUGAGUAGGCAUCCUUCGUGGAGGCAGUGUUCGUUCCGUGCACCAUAUAUAAGUAUGUAAAUUACGUCAGUUUAGUUAGAUUUGUUCUCAAGAUGGCAACAUAAAUGUCAAAAUUGUAGCAUCCUUCAUCAAGCAGAUUGACCAACCAAUAUUAUGUUUUAGUAAUGAUCACCAUUCAAGACUAUAUUCAGUUUCUGCUUGAUGAAUUGGAUGUUAAAAAAGUCACUUGUUGCAGUACUGUGUUUCAUUUAUGGCUUUUUUGCACAAAUUCCAGGGAAACUAUUACUAGUUUUGUGCUAAUUAAUUUUGAGGUUUGUGUCACUUGUAAAGGUAAAGGAGUUCUUAAACUUUUACUGGUAAGUUUUGUUUCUAUAUGCACUCUUCUUUAUUUAUUAUUAUUGUCUUGCAUUUACAAUGGAGGAAAUACCAAAGUCCACUGUAGUGAAUUUGGCAAAUAGAAUAAUGUUUGCUCUAAUUCACUAGUUUUGUUUGUCAUAUUUGAAGUUGUUAAAAGGUUUUGUGGCCAAGGUGAGGGCAAUUAUGAAAUGUGAUAACAGGAAGCUCUUUGACUUCCCUCAACAGUCAGUCUCUAGUACCUGAUUUUUUUCCAACUGAAAUUUAAGAGAUACAGUACCAUUAUGCAGUAUUCACAGAAGGCUGGUAGCAUCAGCUGUGUAAGUGUUGUCGUAACACAACAUGUAGCAUGGCUAUGUUUUUAGUUUUGACUAGUGUCUGACGUCAGAACUAUACCUUCAUUCUUGUAAUAAACUGUUGAAAAGAAAGUCUUUUCUUUAUUUUCUUUACUGCUGCUUUAGGAAUUUGUGCUUAUUAAUGCCAACACCAGCUUUCCUAGAAUACACGUUUCAGUGUUGAUGGGCAGAUGGUUGAAACUUGUCACGUGGUUGUGCUAACAUUUACAGGCUCAAUGGUGUGACUUAUAGUUUAACCACUUAAUCACAGCACAUUACUACCAUGUCUUUAUUUAGUACACAUACAAGAUUUAUGCAAUUUCCACUUAAUCUUGGAAAUACCAAAACUAGACAGUGAAAUAUUUCACAUUUUGGAUACCACCAACACAAAAAUAGUUUUUCCUCUUGGAGAUUGUUAACACAGUAAGUUCCCUGAUUGAUUCAUUCAUAAAUGAAUGCAUGACCAAAUGGUUUCUUCCGUAUAUGGUUUUAACAAUGAAUUGUAUUAUUGCAAAUUGGUAUGAGAUUUAUCAGAAUUGUAGGGGUAUAGCUAUGUGGAUAUUGAGACAAAAAUUUUUCUACCUAGAGCUCAGGAUAACUGGAAACAGUGUAUUUACAAGUGUGUGUGUGUGAAUGGAUGUAUUAAGCAUAAAUAAGCAUAUGCUCUGGUGAACAAAUUCAGUUGGCCACAAUUCCCAGUGAGUAGUAUAUCUGCAAUAGGUUUCCCAUUCCCUCAGAUGUCUAUUGGUCACACUUGGCAGGAGCACUUAAGGUCUUAAGGCAUCCUGAAGUGUCUCCUCCAGUUUUCUUUGCUUAAGUCUUUAUCUUUUUCAAAUUUCUGACCUACGUUCUUAUAGUAAGCACGAGAUGGCUGGCCCUGUUGUAUGAUAGGCAAAUCAUCACACAAAUAUUGUUAAACACUUUCCGAACUGAGAGAAUAUGGACAUGGUCAGUGGCUGAAGUGAUUAGGGAAGACUCCCUAAUCACCACUCCCUGAAGAAAGGAAAUUAUCCCAGUAGGAUAAAGUUAGAGGUAUGAUUUAUAUUUUAAUUAUAUACUGUGGAAGUUUUUUUUUAAUUAGUAAAAAAAAAUCAAUAACCUAUAAAUAUAAGUUAAAAAUAUUUUUCAAUACUUAUUUAUAUUACAGCAAUAUAUUAUUGAGUACUACUAUGGUUCAAAAGAAUGUCUGAAAAGCAUUUCUACCUUCUGUCUUAAAGAAAUUUGUUUGGGCUUAAUUUUGAAUAGUAGUAAUGGGAAUAUAAUGUCAAUUUAUACAUUCUAGGUGAAUAUUUUGAAUUCCAUCCAAUGGAUCAUUAUCCUCCCCCCUUCACUUUAAUAAUAAACAGUUGGGAUUACAGUAUACUGCAAUUUACAUUAGGGAUUAUUUGUAAUAGCCUUUCCCACAGAGUAUCUUGUGUGCUAGUUAUAGAUCAAGUUUUGCAUACAUUUCACUUUGUUCUAAAUUUCUAGGCAAUAAAUUUAACCUUCAAGUAGAUACUAUAAGGCCUUAGAGGAUUGGAACUCUUUUUGGUUUUAUUAAAUGUAUCGUUACUGUUGAUAAAAAAGAAUGUGAUGUGGUAAGGUGGAGGUGUGGUCACCACGCACUGGUCAUACAAAGAUUGAUCCUGGUGUUAAGCAGGCUUACAACAAUGGUACAAGGUAUUCAUGUCGAUUUAAUUUUGCUCCAUAUCAUUAUAUUUAAGAAUAGUAUAGAUUCUUUUAUACCACUGUAAAGGUAAGCUAAAACAAGUAUUUAUGAAUCAUGUCAGUGCCAAUGCAGUUACAAUGACACAAAUCUAACAUGUAAGCAAGGAGUGUAUUGGAACCUUUCUCAGUUUGUGAGAGUAAAGUAACACCACAUUAGGAAACUCUGCUUUUUGCUUACCAAUGUUAUCAAACUACAAAGCAACUUUUCAUAUCUUUCCAUUCCAACCCAUGAUAGUCAUAAUACCAACAUAAUUAAGGCCAAAAUUUUAGAGCAUUACUUUUGGGAAAAUAAUUAUGGUGAAGCAAAUCUUUAUACUAAUAGGUUACCAUAGUCACCAGGGGUAAUAUAUUACUUGAACCAAUGGAGCCCAAUUAGUUUUAAAGAGUUGAAUCACUUUACAUAAUUUUUCAUCCUAAUGUAAAGCUUUAGGAUUAAUGUUCAGUCAACCUGGGUAUGCUAACAGGUAACCAUUUAUUUAGCUAGUAAAAUUUAUAAUUUUAUUGUGAAAUAAAUGUGUUGGUGAAAAUGGAAGUUCAGAAGAUCUUCAGGAAUGAUACUGCUCUAAUGAACUUCAAUACUGUAUUCAUUGUAAAGUUUUGUACAUAUACAAAUAACUUAUGAUCUUUUGUGAAUGUAUAUUUGUAAACAUAUGACACCAAAUAAAAGAAAGAAUAAUUAU